CAGGACAGGCAUGGAGUGUCAGGGGCGGCGUAGUCUCCCGCGGACACCGCCCGCUCCCUAGCUUCAGUCAAGGGAGCCUGGCGUGCGGAGGUGGCUGAGGAGGCGGGAAGGCGGCAGUGGUUGAAGGGGGCAAUUGCUAACUAGCGGGGAGGGAGUGGGCAGGGAUGGUGAUGGCGGCGAAGAAGGGCCCGGGCCCGGGCGGCGGGGUCAGCGGGGGCAAGGCGGAGGCGGAGGCGGCCUCGGAGGUGUGGUGCCGUCGGGUGCGGGAGCUGGGCGGCUGCAGUCAGGCCGGGAACCGCCACUGCUUUGAGUGCGCCCAGCGCGGGGUCACCUACGUGGAUAUCACUGUGGGCAGCUUCGUGUGCACCACCUGCUCCGGCCUCCUGAGAGGGCUGAACCCCCCUCAUCGUGUCAAGUCAAUCUCCAUGACAACUUUCACUGAGCCUGAAGUAGUUUUCCUGCAAUCCCGUGGAAAUGAGGUUUGCCGGAAGAUUUGGCUAGGUCUGUUUGAUGCUCGGACAUCUUUAGUACCAGAUUCCAGGGAUCCUCAGAAAGUGAAGGAGUUUCUCCAGGAAAAAUAUGAGAAGAAGAGAUGGUAUGUCCCCCCAGACCAAGUCAAGGGGCCCGCUUAUACCAAAGGCAGUGCUUCCACCCCUGUGCAGGGCUCCAUUCCAGAAGGGAAGCCCCUUCGGGCACUUCUGGGUGAUCCUUCACCGGCUCUCUCAGCUGCUGCCUCCACCUCGAGCCAGUCUGUCACUCAGUCUCAGGCUCGGAUAUCCCAGGCCCGGAGCACUCAGCCACCUCCCCACUCCUCUGUCAAGAAAGCCAGUACUGACCUGCUGGCUGACAUCGGUGGAGACCCCUUUGCUGCUCCCCACACGGCACCAGCUUUUGCUGCAUUCCCUGCCUUUGGGGGCCAGACACCUUCCCACGGGGGCUUUGCCAACUUUGAUGCCUUCAGCAGUGGCCCCAGCUCUUCUGCGUUUGGAAGCCUCCCUCCAGCUGGUCAAGCUCCAUUCCAGGCCCAGCCAACUCCUGCAGCCAGUCGGAUGCUAACUGAAAAUUACAGCUUUGGGAGCAACCAGGGGACUCUGUUCGGUGCCGCUCCCCUGGCACCCGCCAGUCAGCCAAACACCCUCGCAGAUGUGGGCAGCUUCCUGGGGCCUGGAAUGCCAGCUGCAAGUGUUCCUAGCAGCCUCUUCGGGAUGGCUGGCCAGGUCACCCCGCUCCAGUCUGCCACGACAGGCAGCAACGGCAGCACAGGGCUGGCCUUUGGAGCCUUCACCAACCCUUUCGCAGCCCCCACCACGCAGCCCCCGCUGCCUUCCACCAACCCGUUCCAGCCCAACGGCUUGGCACCAGGGCCUAGCUUUGGGAUGAGCAGUGCUGGACCUGGCUUCCCCCAGGCGAUGCCACCCACCGGGGCCUUUGCCAGCUCCUUCCCAGCACCGCUGUUCCCCCCGCAGACCCCGCUGACUCAGCAGCAGAAUGGCUCUUCCUUCGGGGACUUAGGAUCAGCCAAGUUGGGGCAGAGGCCACUGAGCCAGCCAGCUGGGAUGUCCACCAACCCCUUCAUGACUGGACCCUCAUCCAGCCCAUUCGCCUCCAAGCCUCCAACCACCAACCCCUUCUUGUAGCACUGUGUUUUUUUGGGGGUGUCUUCCCUGCCUUCUGGGGUCCCUCUGCUCCCUAGAGCUCUCAUGACCAUUUGCCUGUGGGCGUUUCUGUGGGCCUUGGGGAUAAUGGAGGUGCUAAUGCUUUGCUUGGGGCCUGCAGGUGAAAGGUAGCUGUCCUUAGAUUCCACAAGGCCUCUGCCCCUCCCUUCUCCCACACCUACCCAAGCAGGAAGCCCAGGAGGAGUGGGGGCAGGGUUUGGCCUGGAGGAGUGAUGGGGGGAUUUUUUUCAAAAGAUCAGUUAGAGUAGCCCUCCUUCUCCCCUGCCCUCGAAGCACUGUGCUCCCCUGCUCCCAGCCCCGUGGGCAGAAGACGUUGUGGACACAGACUGGCCAGCCUUCCCCUGUGGGAACAGCUCUCCCCUCGGCCCAGCUGUGCUCCUCCUGGACGGGAGCUCAGUGGGGAGGGUGGGGGAAAGACAGGCACAGUAUUGAUGGGGCAGUGACCAGACAGUCCUGAGACCCAGAAGGCCUGGGUGGCCCAAGUGCUCUUGGUGACCCAGCUUGGCCAGCACACCCUUUCCUCCUGCCCCCACCCCUUACUGAAGGGGUCCUCCAUUGUUUUGCUUCCCCAGCACCCCUCCCUCAUCCUGGGCGCCCGGGUGAGCAGUUUACCUUCGAACUCACCCAGGCCUGGCAGUCCUGUCAAGCACUUUAGUUAGCCGUUGGUGUCAUGUUUGGAUACCAGUGUUUUAUAUUUAUAUAGAGAAGAUUUUCUAAUAUAGCCUAUUAUAUAUAAAUAGAUCUGUCUAUAUGCACAUACAUACAUAUAUAUAUACACCCAGCCGAUCUCCCUCUCCCAGACAGCUCUCGUAUGUGGGGAAUGGGAUGAAUCCCCAUCUGUGCCUCGACCAUCAAAGUCAGAGCUCCAUGGCUGGAGUGGGGCAGCCACCUGUCCUGGCCCCCAUCAGCCCCAGAGCCUGGGUUUUCCAGGGAAAGGCUUUGUGCAAUUGCCUGGUCUUUUAUGUUUUUCUCCACGUGCCUCCUCUGUCCCCAGAUCUCUGCACCAAAGCUCAUUGCAGGUAAUGUUGGAAAAGAACUGCAUUUGAACGAAAGAGAAAA